AUGGUAGACAAAGAGAUGGUAGUAGGGAUGCCUCAGGUGAUACACGAGAAAGAUGUGUGCAACGCCUGCUUAGUUGGGAAGCAAACUCGGAAGUCUUUCCUGCCUAAAGCAAAGUAUCGAGCAUCACACGCAUUGGAGUUGGUACAUGGGACUUUGCUCAAUGUUAUCAAGCAAUUCAAAGAUGAUAUGUCAAGAAGAUUUGAGAUGUCAAACCUCGGGAAGCUUACAUACUAUCUUGGUAUAGAAGUAACGCAAGGAGCUGAUGGCAUUCACAUUAAACAAGAAGGAUACGCGCAAGUGGCACUCUCCUCAUGUGAGGCAGAGUUCAUGGCAGCUACGGAAGCUGCAAAACAAGCAAUUUGGUUAAAGGAGUUGAUGGUCGAGAUCAUGAACAAAGAAGACAAGAAGGUCGUGUUGAAGAUUGACAACAAGUCAGCGAUAGCCCUCACCAAGAACCCGGUGUUUCACGGUAGAAGCAAACACAUACUCUCGAAGUACCCUUUCAUUCGAGAAUGUGUGGAGUUCGACUUUAUCGAAGUGAAGCACGUACCUGGAGUGGAACAGAAGGCAGAUAUACUCACUAAGCCAUUGGCAAUGAUCAAGUUCGAAGCAAUGCGCAAGUUCAUCGGAGUUAAGAAGAUCAACAUACCUAAGAUUCAAAUAUGGGACCUAUCUUUCUUGAAAAUGCCUCUUGGACACUUGGUCCUGAAAACCUUGUUAGAUAACCUUGGAUCAUAUUGCCUCGGUAUAGUAGCUAGAAGAGCCUGA